AUGUCGUCGAUGCGGAAUGCCGUCUAUCGACGGCAACACCGCGAGCGUGGCCAGCUCGAGGGCCGUGAAAAAUGGGGUAUCUUGGAAAAGCACAAGGAUUAUGCCCUCCGUGCCCGUGACUAUAACAUGAAAAAGGCAAAACUGCAGCGCCUGCGCGAGAAGGCCCGCGACCGCAAUCCAGAUGAAUUCGCCUUUGGCAUGCUCUCGGCCCGAACUAGUAAGCAGGGCCGCCAUGGGGCGCGCGAUACCGUGCCGCUCAGCCAGGACGCCGUGAAAUUGCUCAAGACACAGGAUGCGGGUUACUUGCGAGUCGUGGGGGAGCGUGUACGCAGGGAGAUGGAACGCCUUGAGAAGGAUGUGCAGCUACAGGAGAGCAUGCAGAAGGUUCUCGACGGUGGAAAUCGACGCCCUUCUCGGUCUGAUGAUGAUGACGAGGACGACGACGACGACGAAGUAGACGGUUUCGGAAAGAACAGAAAGAUUGUGUUUGCAGACAGUCGGGAAGAGCAGAAAAAGUUAGGACGACUAGAAGAUGAUGAGGAUGAGGAUGAGGACGAAGGGGAAGAAGACGACGAAGAAGAUGAUUCUUUCGAACGACAGCAACAGCAGCAGCAGCAGCAGCAACAGCAACAAGCGAAAAAAUCAAAGAAACAACUCGAAGCCGAACGGCAAGCCUUCCUCGAAAUGCGCGCCGCUAACCGACUCAAACGUCGAGCGGCAGAGGUACGGCGCAACCGCCUCAAGGCGCUCAAGAAGCAGCAUGCCGAGAUCACGGCCGCUGAGCGAGAGCUGGACUGGCAGCGCGGGAAACUGGAGCAUUCCGUCGGAGGGGUGAACAAGCAUGGUAUCAAGUGGAAGAUUCGGGAGCGGAAGAGGUAG